GAGUCUUGUUGUGGGGUUUGAAUGUUUGAAAGCAUGUGAGGUGGGAAUUGUAGAGUGGAUGUGUGUUUUCUUAUAGAUGCCAAAUAAAAGUGUAAUCAUGAGACUGAAUCAUAGAAUACCCGUUUGCUUACUCCUGGUACUGCGCUUGGUGUCUGUGUUCCUUGUUUCGACAUUUUACGUUCCAGACGAGUACUGGCAAUCAUUAGAGAUAGCUCACAGAUUAGCAUACGGUUAUGGGUAUACAACGUGGGAAUGGAAAGUUGGUAUUAGAAGUUACGUAUAUCCAAGUUUGAUAGCAUUGAUGUAUAAAGUCAUGAACAUAAUUAAAAUAGACACUGUGGAGAACUUAAUUCUUUUACCACGGAUAUUUCAAGCAUUGUUAUGCGUUUGUGCCGAUUUAAUGUUUCUGCGUUGGUGCAGAACAUGUAUUGGUGUUACGAAUGAGUGGGCGCUGCUUAAUAUAAGUAUCGCUUGGUUUCAUGCGUACACUGCGACUCGAACAUUAACUAACACCUUAGAAACGGCGCUGACAUCAAUGGCUUUAUGCUUGUAUCCAUGGACGACAAUGCGGAGAGGAGGAGUGGAAACAACGAAAUACUUGUGGAUCGUAGGAUUUGCCUGCCUUAUGCGUCCAACAGCAUUCGUGAUAUGGUUACCAUUCGCAAUUUAUCACUUCUUGCAGGCUAGUGACUGGAAAGUUUUGAGCCGUGUGUACAUCAUGAGAGCAGCUAUUUUCAUUGUUUUUUCAACUGUUGUAGAUUCACUUUGUCAUGGGUCAGUGACUUGUUCACCCAUUAGCUUUCUCUAUUACAACUUAGUAAAAAACAUAGCCUCCUUCUAUGGAACACAUGGGUUGUUUUGGUAUUUUACUGUGGGUAUUCCUACAGUUUUGGGUGUGCACAUCUUUCCAUUUGUUCUUGGUUGCAAGGAAGUUAUUACUUAUAUACAAGAUAAAGCAAGAAAUGUUUGUUUAGUACUAUUUUUUGCAAUUUUGUGGACAGUUCUGGUAUACAGUAUGAUUCCACAUAAAGAAUUUAGAUUUAUCCUACCCUUGCUUCCAAUGAUGUUAUUUAUUGCAACUUUUUGGUUAGCAGUGUGGGGAAAACGAAACAGUUUUGGUUAUCGUCCAGUAUUUAUGAAAGUAUUUCUAAUACUAGGCUCAGUAAUUCCGUUUCUGUACUGUGGCAUUGUUCACCAAAGAGGAACUCUCGAUGUCAUGAAGAUUUUGGCAGAAGAAUCAGCAAAAAAUCCUAGUAACACUUCUAUAUGGUUUCUCAUGCCAUGCCAUUCCACACCUCUGUACAGUCAUCUCCAUUCUCCUGUGGAUGUAUUCUUUUUGGAAUGUGAUCCAUUGGCUAGUCAAGAUGUGGCUGAUGUCUUUUUCAGCAGUCCCUUGACGUGGCUUCAUGAUAAUUUUCCAGAAACAGGUAGAGGUCCCUCUCAUAUUGUUAUUUUUAACAAACUGUAUAAGAAAAUUGAGGGAUUUCUGUCGUUACGGCACUAUAAACUGUUUCAACAGUUAUUUCAUUCUCACUUUGUAGAAGGUAAUGUAGGUACACACAUAAUGAUUUUCAAAAGAAAUGAGUGAAAUAAAAUUAUAAAAUUAGGAUGUAGGUCUUAUGUGAUGACUCAUUUUUUAUUUGAGCGAAUUUUAUGUGCAGCUUUGGACAAACAUACAAAAACCAUAAAUGUUGGUGAUUUCUUCUUACUGACACUGGUAGUUUCAGUGCACUCUUUUUUUUAUUUGUUCUUAUUAUAUUGCUGCAAUAUAUGGCAUCCUCCCAUAUAUUUGUUUUUAUGUAAAGUAAUAAAUGUUAGUAUAACUGAGAAGUUAAUUUAACAAAGGAGGCGCACUACAUGUAACUGCAGGAAGCUAUUAAUCUAAGAUCUCAUCUCUAAUUUGAUAGGCAUUUAUUAAGUUUUUCGUUGAUAAAAGUGUACUUAAAUAGCAACAGUCAACAUUCUUGUUGUGUAAAGUAAACAUGUGUACAUUAGUGCUGGGAAAGAAACCAUUUUGUGAAUGACUGGGUUUAUCAGGUGAGGCUGUAAGAUAUUUGAAUUUUACGUAGCACUCCAUCUUGAGCGUUACAUCCAACAGAGAAGUGAAUUAUAAAAUUAUUGUUUGAAACUUGUGUUCCUUGUUUUUGAUAACACAAAGCAUUAAAAAGACGAACUAA